GGCCGCGGCGCCGGCGCCGGUUGGGACGCGGAGCUGAGGAGCAGGGCCGGGCGCCAUGGCACCGUGGGGCAAGCGGCUGGCUGGCGUGAGCGGGGUGCUGCUCGACAUCUCGGGCGUGCUGUGCGACAGCGGCGCGGGCGGCGGCACGGCCAUCGCCGGCUCGGUGGAGGCGGUGGCCAGACUGAAGCGUUCCCGGCUGAAGGUGAGAUUCUGCACCAACGAGUCGCAGAAGUCCCAGGCAGAGCUGGUGGGGCAGCUUCGGAGGCUGGGAUUUGACAUCUCUGAGGGGGAGGUGACCGCCCCGGCACCAGCUGCCUGCCAGAUCCUGAAGGAGCGAGGCCUGCGACCAUACCUGCUCAUCCAUGACGGAGUCCGCUCAGAAUUUGAUCAGAUCGACACAUCCAACCCAAACUGUGUGGUAAUUGCAGACGCAGGAGAAAGCUUUUCUUAUCAAAACAUGAAUAACGCCUUCCAGGUGCUCAUGGAGCUGGAAAAUCCUGUACUCAUAUCACUGGGAAAAGGGCGUUACUACAAGGAGACCUCUGGCCUGAUGCUGGACGUUGGUCCCUACAUGAAGGCGCUUGAGUAUGCCUGUGGCAUCAAAGCCGAGGUGGUGGGGAAGCCUUCUCCUGAGUUUUUCAAGUCUGCCCUGCAAGCGAUAGGAGUGGAAGCCCACCAGGGGACAGCUUUCUUUGUGCUUAUUGAAGCACUUUAACAAACCAGUUUUCAUGGCUGCAUACUGUUCCACUGUUGAGACUCCCGUCAUGUUCUUGACCAUUCCCUAUUGAUGGAGAUGAGGCUGCUUCCAAUUUCGCUCUUGUGCAUAACCCUGAUGAACACAUCUUGUAUGUACAUCCUCUUGUACAUUUCUAAUUAUUUGCUCCAAAUCCUAGUGAUGUGGCUGGGAGGCUGUGAUGCAUGUUGCUUAUUUCUGUUUCAGAAACGUGUGUCUGUUCACCUUCCCCACCUGCUGCGUAUACAGAUGCUUGUUUCCCCACAUCCUUACCAACACCAUGAUUUCUGGCUUUUUUUUUAGUGGUCUUUGAGUUUUGCUGUUAGUCUUGUUCCUUAUGAAGGUGUCCGACCACAGUGGCAGUCACUCAGCAUCGCACUGUCUCCAGGUCUCUAUGGGACCACAGUGGCAAUCACUCAGCAUCGCACUGUCUCCAGGUCUCUAUGGGACCACAGUGGCAAUCACUCAGCAUCGCACUGUCUCCAGGUCUCUGUGGGAGCCUGGGUUCCUUUGGGUCCUGGAUCCAGGGCUCAUCCUAGAGUGAGCUGUCAUCUCAAGGCAUCUCCCUGGGGGAUAUGUGCCCCCCGGGGCUGCAGUUACAGACACUGAGCUCGCUCCACCUUCACCACUCAGCCCUGCUGCUUCCCACCCUAAUCCUCCUGGCAGAGCCCCGGGAUAAGGAAAAUAUUUGUGAAGAGGAGACCAGGGCAGGCAGGCAGAUGCGUAAGAGGGAGGAUUGACUGCUGUAGCACCGGACCCAGGACACCUCCCUCUGGGACUGUGGCGCCUCCCUCUGGCUUUCUGGAUUCUGGGUUCUGGGGGGUCCGACCUUUCAUUUUUUUCUCCACCUCACCCCCCACCAUGUCGUGUCUGAAAGGAAGCAAAGCCCAGCCCUGGCAGGUGGAGUAUUUUUAUUUCCCCUGACAGCGCACCUCCUGACCUCUAUCUUCUUGCCAGUGAUUUUUUAAAUCCUAAACGAUUUGGCAAUAAUUGCUCCUCCUUGCGUGAUUAUUGCCCUUCACCGAUAGUAAAUCUGGGAAUCCCCCGGGGUCCUGAGCGCACUUUGGUAUGCGGAGCCCACAAGCUGGCCUGGACAGGCAUUGCUGCUCCAGGCAGCUGUGCACCCAGCCGGCCAGCCCUGGCGUCCCGGCCCCCAGCCUCCGCCUCCCUCGCCGACAGUUUCCUGGGGCUCUGCCUGGAUGCAGCCUCGCUUUAUC